AUGAGAUACUUCCUUGGUCUUGAAAUUGCAAGGAGCAGAGAUGGUAUUAUGGUAAGUCAAAGGAAGUUUGCCUUGGACCUUAUUUCAUAUUUUGGGCUUGCAGGCACCAAACCAGUUAACACACCUUUGGAAGUUAAUCAAAGGUUCACUAGCCAAGACUUUGACAUGAGUUAUGAAGCUCAGGAUACACAUGAAGACAUAGUUCUUGAUGAUCCAACUGGCUAUCAGAAACUAGUUGGUAAGCUGCUAUACCUCACCAUGACAAAGCCAGACAUUAGCUAUGUAGUGCAGAAUCUCAGCCAAUUUAUGCAUAAACCUAAGAAGUCACACAUGGAGGGUGCAUUAAGAGUGAUAAGGUACUUAAAAAAUGCACCAGGUCUGGGAAUUAUGCUGACAUCAAAGGUUUGUAAACAACUUUCAGUCUAUUGUGAUGCUGAUUGGGCUACAUGUCCUAUGACAAGAAGAUCUGUUAGUGGUUUUGUGGUGAAAAUUGGAGAUUCAUUGAUUUCAUGGAAGUCGAAGAAACAAAAUACUGUGUCAAGAAGUUCUGCUGAAGCAGAAUACAGAAGCAUGGCUAAUGCUGUAUCGGAAGUGGUGUGGUAA